UCUUAAGAACAAUACUCAUCUGUUUUUGUUUACAGUAGGCCCUUCAUAUUGCGGUAAAAUCAACAAAUGUAUAUAGACGUCACAUUAAAAUGAAAGCAAUAUGUACCGUUCGAGUAGACUACAAUUUGAAAUCGAUAUAUCUCAAUAUCUGCCGUUGUAUCAAACAACAUUUGGUUAUGUGCUAAGGUCAAUAUCAAAAUGUACAUGACUGAUUAGAAAAUUCACCAGCUAACUUUUCUGAAGGAAUAUUGGUCACUUGGUGCUCCUGUUUGCAGAAAUUCGAAAAAAUAGAAAUACUUGACUGCUCCCAUCAAAUGCGAUCGCCAGUUUUGAUGAAAGGUGUUGUUUUGUCAGUCAUCAUAACUAUCAAAUCAAACAGAAUUUUAUGGAGAACUAAGUAGACAAUAAAUAAGUGAAAUCAUCUGCAAUAUUCUCUUAUAAGCCUAGAUUAUUGGGACUAGAGGAAAAGCGUUAAUUUUCGACACACAAGAAUUCUGUGCCAAUUUUCGGAUUUCCAUACAAAGUAGGUCAAAAUCUAUGAAUGGGUCGGAAAUUAGUGCUUUUCCACCAUCAUAUUGCGGAUAUUUUGAAAAUUUUCAUUUCUACGGUAGCGGCAGAGUUCUACUGCAGGCUUGAGAAUGAUUCUGUCAUUGAAUAAAAUAUUCUGAUAAAAGUAUGCUGGUAGUACAUGGAACGAUGAAAAACAGCUGUGGUUAUUUUCUGUUAAACCGUAAAACGGAAAGUUAUCUCUAAAAUAGCAAAACAUUGAAAAAUUUUACAGCAAUAUCGAUAUUGUUCUGUGGUUCUCUUAGCAGGUUAGUACACCACGAAUUUAAUAUUCAUUUCGAAAUGUCUGUGAUAAAUUAUUCAUUAAAUUCUAUAAAUGUUGAUGUGUAGAUUUGUUUUUGAAUUGACCACUAGUCCGCAACUCCUAGAACACAGGUAGCCAAAAUAACUCAUGAAUUUUUGAAUUUGGUACUUAUACGGGAAUCUCGGAACAUUUUACGGAGCUACUAGGUGGCCAAUGUUACUUUAAAUAACGGAGAUUCUGAAAAUUUUAAUGUGCCCCACGGGGCAGCUCUAUCAAAUUUUAGAAUUGUGUGGUAUGAUAUGGUUGAAUUUUUGGCCACUUCUCCGGGGAUCCCGGAACCUGUUACGGAACCAAUAGGUGACCAACAUUACCUUAGAUAACUGCAGGGAGGGAUCUCUAAUGAAUUCUGUAUGAAAUUCUGAGAAAUUUGAUAAGUCGCAUGAUAUGGUUCUAUCAAAUUAAUGAAUUGGCCAAUUUUCCAGGGCCUCCCAGGGUACCCAAGAAUAUUUCAUGGGAACCCAUAUGGACAAUGUUGCCAUAUACAGAUAGCAACGUCUUGGAUCAAUUUGUUAUAAAAUUCUGCAAAUUUUGAUGUGUUUUACGGAAAACAUAAAUUGGCCACUACUUCGGAUGCUCUGGGAACCAUUCAAUGGCCUCCGGAAUUUUCUCCUUGGCCACUUGGUAACCAGUAGUGCCCUGAACAACUAAUUAGUUUUCAAUGCGUUUUAGACCAAAUACUAUGUUUCACAAUUCACAACAAAUGCAUUUUGCUCUUACAAAUGCUCUUGCGAAAAUUUACAAACCUUGGUCCCUUUGGCACCGGUUCUGAGCGGCCAAUCGAGCCCAACCAAAAUAUAAGCCUUGACGAUAAUUUUGAGUACAAAAAAAAAUUAAUAUUUGGUGAAAAAACGGCUGCGAAAUUCGUAGGUCAAAUCCGGAUCAAUAUGACCCGAGCACCUUAAACGUAAAAGCCCCCAAUUUUUUUCAAACGAGAAACUUGUAUUUUCCACAAAACAUUAAAAGACACCAAAUUUCAUAACAAUAGAAAGUAACAAACAAAAGUUGUGGCGCUUUGAAAGUGCGUUUUGGGUCAUAUUGACCCGAAUACCGUAGGAAGGUUAACUGAUGGCUUUCUUUGUCAAAGUUGCCAUUUUUGCAUUCGUAUUUCGUGUGGCAGAAACGAUGAUACUUUUUAAACAGGGAAAUUUCAAAUUAAUUAAUUACGUAAAAUUGAACUAACAACCAUGAUUUCAUCCGAUAUCUCGUCAGGUAUCCUUCUUGUUUUCAACUUCCAUAUUAGUAACAAAAAACUCUGAACAAAUAAAAAUAAACUAUCACCAAGUGGACACCUAAUUUUAACAAAUUUUAUUUGAAUAUAUUUGUUAUGUCUUUGCACAAAUCUAAAUUCUUUAAAUAAUUAGAACUUUUUACCAUCCAUCACAAAAAUUAUAUGUUAAUUAUAAAGUAAAAACGAUUUAACGAAAGAAUGACUCUUUAUGGCAUAAUAUUUCCUCCAGUUUACGUGAUCAUAAUCAACAGGGCACCUAAUUUUGGUGGUAAUGGUAUUGAAAUAGUUUGAAAAUGUUGCAUUUAUAACCAUUUGUUCACCGCCUACACAAAGUUCCUUUAAGCUAAUACCUAUUGUAAAUUCGAAUUGAGUUGAUUGACUAUUGAGUCACAAUAUCAACAGUAUCUUAUAAAUUUCAGUCAAGUAUUCCACACUCUGAGCCAAAUGUGCAAACGUCGUCGUUCGGUCCCACCUAUACAUCAUCGAGAGUGAACGUUAUCGAGACAUCGUCUUUGACUACGACGACAGUCGACGUCGACGAAUGGUUUUCCCUUCUAUUGGGCACCCACCAUCCCUUCCGGCACAGUCCUCACUACCACCCCAUCCGAAAGAGGGGGGCCUUUCAUUCAUGGAUUCCGCCCGGUCUCAGAGGGUUCCGUUUCACGACGACCGACAACUCUGACAGCUAAUCAAUUUUUAAAGACCUUUCGUCACCAAACGUGUGUGUGUCGUUGUUGGGACGGAACUUCUCCUGACUCUGGUAAACCCAUUUACAUGCAUGUGGUCAUCCGUACAUAUAUUUGGGGAAAUCACAGGUGUAAUCAAGCGUGAAACCCAACUGUACAAUUCCAGGGCACGUGAGAGAGAUUUAUCGUGAGAAUUCGACAUCGUUUUGAACCCUUCGUUUUGGGUCGAAGCCAAACCAAAUCUCUGUUUUGUAUGCGGGGGACGUCUUCUUCGAUCGGUACCACGGAAUUACAUGAGUGAGUGAAUGAGUGUAGGCUUCGGCCAGUGCUGAGAUUCCGGAGAAGCUCCCGCAAGAGUAGUGGGAGAGAGCAAAAGCAAAGUGUGAAGUGUUAUUUUCCAAUUACUGCACUUAAACCCGGCAAAAAGUGAGUGAGAGCAUUAAUUAGUGAGCGUUUGCAACGUCGGAGUUUUCCCUUGUCAGGACCUUGGGACCGGGGAAAUAAAUUGCCUUUAUGAUUUGAUACGGGAUGCUCUUAUAAUACGUGUCCCCGGUCGCCAGCCUGUGUUCCCUGUCUCAGCACAGGAUGAGAUGGAGUGAUGGAAUUUGCUGAAGGCCACAACUAGCCUCCUAGAAGAGAAGAGGGAAAUCAAGUGUUCACGUUCGGUGCUUCCUUCGGAGGCUCCCAUUGUCGUCGUCGGUUGCAGUCGGUCGCAAAAGGAAAAACGCGAAACUAAUCGAUUAUUGGUGGAAAAGCUUCUACCUGUUUCGCACACAUACAGCCACACAAACACAAACAUAGGAAAACAAACACACAACAACAGCAGCAGCAGCGCCAUGGGUUGUGAACUAACGAAAUUAGCCAGCAGUAACGGGGGCUCCAAAGGUAACAAUGUUCCAAGUCUGGACGCCUGUGGACCUCCCCCCACGGACAGCCGGUUGCCGCUCACUGCCAAACAGAAAUACACGAUGGUGGCCUCGUGGAAAGGCAUCAGCCGAGCGAUGGAGACGACCGGGAUCCACAUGUUUAUCAAAUUGUUCGAAGAACAUGCAGAACUGCUGGAGAUGUUUGCCAAUUUCAAGGAGCUCAAAACGAAAGAGGAACAGGCAACGUCGGAGGAGCUGCAGGAGCAUGCCAACAAGGUGAUGAACACGCUAGACGAGGGCAUCCGGGGCCUAGAUGAUUUGGACACUUUCUUCGAGUUCAUCCACCAGGUGGGAGCGUCCCACAGGCGAUUACCGGGUUUCAAACAGGAAUACUUCUGGAGAAUAGAGGAACCCUUUCUGUCGGCGGUAUCGAACACGCUCGGAGAUCGAUAUACGCAAAACGUCGAAGGAAUUUACAAGCUGACUAUCAAAUUCAUAAUCGAAACGCUGGUUGCAGGCUAUGAAUCAAGUGCCAACAAUAACGAGGACGUCAACAAUGCGAAUUUGUCGACGACAGGGUCGGCGGCAGGACCGACGACUAGCGGGGACAAGAAAACUUCUUGAACGUCAUCAUAGCAAGAAGGUACCGGAGGCAGCGGAAGCGGAAGUGAAACAAGCAGCAAGUGCUCGUAAUAGACUGUAGAGUAGUGACCCGUAAAUUGAAAUAAUCCGACUGUUGAUGAGAGUGAGUUUGAACCGUUUGAGCCGAAACGACGUGUCACCGUUUUAUGAUUAUUAUUAUUACUAUUAUCGAGAGAACUGGAGCGAAACAUGAAUCGUGAGACAAUGUCCAAUACCAAAUGAGAUAACCGACAAUGAGAAAAACACAGCCCACGGAGAAGAGGCAGCUCUUUUCCACUGGAAAAUCCACCACCCCCUACCCCCUUACUCUGUAAACAUUUGCUACAACUUACUAACACACACACACUAAACACUUUUUGUAUACUACUCUCAAAAUAAGCAGAAAUGUGCAGGACACUCGAAACUUUUUGUAUGCAUUUAAACAUUUAUACAGCAGAAACAAAAUAACAGUGCAGCAGGAAAGACCGAGCGAAAAAAAAACAGAAG